CUGGGGCUGGUGGCCGCCCUUCUCGGAAGCUGGUGGCCCGCGGAGCCGUCGGCGCGGCCGGGCCCGGAGCAGCUCCUGCAGCGGCUGUCAGCCGCCCCGGAGCCUUCCUGAGCUGCGCCCUGGUGCGGCACCGCGCCUCUUCCUGCAGCAGCUGCAGGUGCGGGAGCCGGGGGGAGCGCCGCGCCUUCCUGCAGGCUCUGCCCUCGCAGCUGGAGGCGCUGCCGGAGCCGUUCCUGCGGCACCAGCUGCUGCCGCGGCUGCUGGAGGCGCUCGACAUGGGCAGCGCCGACGCCAGCGCCCUGCCCGCCAUGCUGCAGGUGGCGAAGCUCUUGGACCCCCCGAGUACCAGGAGCGCGUCGUCCCCAUCAUCGUGCGCCUCUUCUCCUCCCCCGACCGGGCGCUGCGCAUGCAGCUGCUGCAGCAGCUGCAGCACUACGUGGAGUUCCUGCCCGAGGCCACGGUGGACGCUCAGAUCUUCCCGCACGUGGCUCAGGGCUUCCUGGACACCAACCCCGCCAUCCGCGAGCAGACGGUCAAGUCGAUGGUGCUCUUGGCCCCCGCCUGGGGGAGGCUCCGCGGGGCCGGGACCUGCCGCGGCUGCUGCUGCGGGUGCAGGCGGGCGACGAGCUGGGCCCGAUCCGCUGCAACGCCACCGUGUGCCUGGGCGGCUGGGCCCGCUGCUCCCCCCUGCGGUUCGGCAGCGGGUGCUGGCCCAGCACUGGUGCGGGCGACACGGGACCCGUUCCCCCCGGCGCGGGCGGCCGCCGUCGCGCCUUCGCGGCCACCCAUGGGUGCUACUCGGUGCAGGAGUGCGCGAGCAGGGUGCUGCCGGCGCUGUGCGCGCUCACCACCGACCCGCACCCCGGCGUGCGCAAGCAGGCAUUUCGGGCCAUCCGCAGCUUCCUGGAUCAGCUGGAGGCGGCCGCGGAAUCCGGGGGGCCCCGGAGGGGGACUCCCCCAAUGCAGCCGCUGCGGCGGGGGGGGCCCCGGGGGGUUGGGGGCCGCCGUGUCCUGGGCUGUCACCGGCGUCACCUCCCUGACGGCGCGACUGAUGGGGGCUGAGGCUGGGGCCCCCCCACAGGGCCCCCCCCAACAGCCCCCCCCCGAGGGCCCCCCCAGCCCCCCAAAAGAGCCCCCCCCCGAGAGAGCCCCCCCGGAGGACGCCGAUGGAUGGGACGAUGACUGGGGCAGCCUGGAGGACAUGGAGGUGCCGCGGAGCCCCCCCGCCAGCAGUGAGGAGGAUGUGGGGGCCCCCCCCCAGGCCCCCUCAUCAGACCCCCCCCAGCCCCCCCUGCAGCGCAGGAGGAGGGGAGGGGGACUGGGGGUGGGGGGGAAUGGGGCACCGAGGACGCCUGGGAGGCUCUGCCCAGCCAGAGGGGGCCCCCCCGGAGCCGGACCGCGCGGCAGCAGCGGCGGCGGCGCGAGGCGGACGCGAAGCUGCGGGGGGGGCCCCGGCCCCGCCCCCGAAGCUGGGGGCGCGCAAACAGGACUGAGCGCGGGAAUAAACCGCGACCCAUCCGUGCGGCUCUCGAAGGCGCUGAGCUACGUCCUGCGCCACGGGGCUGUGGCCGAGGGGCUGCCCAUGGGGCCGGACGGGUUCGUGCCGCUGGGGGCGCUGCUGCGGCUGCGGCGCUUCGCGGCCGUGUCGGAGCGGGACGUCCGGCGCGUGGUGGCCGCGGACCCGAAGGGACGGUUCGAGCUGAGCCCGGACCCGCCGCGGAUCCGCGCGAACCAGGGGCACUCCCUGCACGUGCCGGAGCUGGCGCUGGUGCCGCUGCGCACCCCCGAGGCGCUGCCCCGCACCCUGGCCCACGGCACCCGGCGCCGCUGCUGGGCCCGGAUCCGCGCCGAGGGGCUCGCCCAUGGGCCGGACCACAUCCACCUGGCGGCCGCGCUGCCCGGGGACCCCGGCGUGCGCAGCGGGAUGAGGCCGGACUCGGAACUCGCCAUCAUCAUCGACGGGCCCCGGGCGCUGGCGGAGGGGGUCCCCUUCUUCUGCUCGGCCAAUGGGGUGAUCCUGUCCCCGGGGGGCCCGGCGGGAACAUCCCCCCCGCUGCUUCUCUGCGCCUCCUGCAGCUGCGCCCGCGCCGGCUGUUCUGCCUCUGGAGGAGCCUUUGCACGAGAGGGGGGGGGGCAGCCUCCUCGCACGGGGGCCCCCGGUGCCCCCAUAGAAGCCAAUAAACCGUGACCCGGUGCUCACA